CUGACGCAUUCCAGACCGAGAAAACGAAACUGAUGUGUUUUUUGCUUUUUUUUUUUUCCCCUCCCCUCUUCUGGGCUGCUGAGUAAGACCGAAGGACUCACUAGACAUGGCUUCCCAGACUCAGGGGAAGAAAGCAGUUUUAGAUAUUCGGACCUGGGAGCAGACAUUUCAAGAGCUGAUGCAGCAGGAGAAACCCCGGGCCACAUGGACCCUGAAACUGGACAAGAAACUGGAGCCAGAGUACCUCGCCGAGGGCUGGAAGCAGUACCAGCAGAAAGGAUUUGGCAGGUUCCAGUGUUCCUCAUGCCGGCGAAAUUGGGCUUCUGCUCAAGUGCACAUCCUCUGUCACAUGCACCUGGAGCCCCGGAAAUCCCAGGGCCAGGUGAUUAUGCGGCUCUUUGCUCAGAGGUGCCAGAAGUGUUCCUGGUCUCGAUUUGAGAAUCCUGAAUUCUCCCCAGAGAGUGCCAUGCGGAUUCUGAAAAAUGUGGUGCGGCGUAUUCUGGAGAAAUUCUACGGGAAUGACUUUAGGAAGUUUCCGGAGCUCCCCAUCAUCCGGGAGGUGCCUUUAGAUGGGUCCCAUGACACAAAAAAUUGUGAAGCAUGCACUCUGGGCUGCUGUUCGUGGAAGUCACAAAACAACAUGACAGAACCACCAAUAUCCCCAUCCUCCUAUUUGGAUAUUAUGAGUUCCUCGUGUCACAUGGGUGACGUGGACAGCAAAAACCAGGAGUGUGGGUCUAUCCAGGUCUUUAAGGACCCAGAGCCCAGCCAUACCACUGCAGAGAUUCAAUUACCGGGGGCUGGCAUUCAGCCCACAUGGGAGACUAGUAAACAGCCCACUCCAAUGACAGACAGGGAGGCCCCAGAGGGAAAUUCACAAUCCACACAGGAGACAGCACCACAGACCCCCUGGAGGACAUACUCUGAGGUUUUAAGGUUGGCCCGCCAACAGUCUACACAGCAGUCACGCUCACAAGCCACAUGGACCAUGUCAACGAUGAUUGGGUCAUACACUCAGACUAGAGGAAGAACAGCCCCCUCUGCACUAGGGUCACACCUACAUCUCACACCCAGGACAGCUAGGGGGUUUGUGAUCAUCAGUAGAACUCAAGCUACCUGGAGACGUUCACACAGAUAUGCUGUUCCAAACACCGGUCGCAUGUACCUUCAUUCCAUGCAACGAGAUACAUUCUCUGAACUGGAUGUAUUUUUCUACCUCUGGAUCUGUAUUGUUUUGUUCUUUGUCUUUGUAGGCAAAAACUCAGAAGCUGAAGGAGGGAAAUAAGUUUGUCUUCUUUUCUUCCAUCUUAAUUCCAUGGUAAUCAGUGAACUGGUUGCUAUUUUAAUAUGACACAGAAUAUACUUUGAGAUCUAGCAGGGUCAAGUUUGUAAGAAUAAACACUAGUUUCCUAGAUCUCCUUAGCAGAUAGUCUAAAACAUAACCUAGCAGAUAAUGGACCAAUAAAAAAUAUUUGUUGAAUCACUAAAAGCUCUUCACUCAUUCAUCCACUCAUUCACUUCUCUCUCUGUCUCUAUCUUCACAAGAACUGAGGGUCAUCAGUGUUAACAGAAAGUUAUUGUGGUAGGCAGAAUAAUAGCCCCCCAAAGAUAUGCAUUCCCCACUUCCCAGAACCUGUGCAUAUGUUACUUUACAUGCAAAAAGGAUUUUGCCCAUGUGAUUAAUUUAAGGGUUUUGAGAUAAGGAGCUUAUCCUGCAUUAUCUGGAUGGACGCAAUGUAAUCACAAUGGUCCUCAUCUGAGCGAAGCAAGAGUGUCAAAGUGGGAAAAAGGAAAUUUAAUGAUGACAGCAGAGCUUGGAAUGAUGGCCUCCAAGGACGGAGGAAGUGGCCAUGAGCCAAGGAACGCAGACACCUCUAAAAGCUCUUAAAGACAAAGAAACAGAUUUUCCUCCAGAGGCUCCAAGAGGACCCAGUCCUGCUGACACAUGACCUCAGCCCAAUGAGACUGAUUUUAGACUUUGGACCUCCAGAACUGUAAGAUAAUAAAUUUGUGUUGUUUUAAGGCCCUAAAUUUGUGGUGACUUAUUACA